AAGACACUAUAUUGUUCAAAUAUACUAGCCAGAGAUUGCGGAUAUAUCUUCUGAAGACAUUAUUUUAUUGUCAGGUGGCUGUUGAAGAACUAAUCCCUGAAAAGUGAAUGACAACGCUGUUAGGAGAGAAGCACUAUUUCUCCACGCGGAAGAAUACAUUGCUUUGGGAGGGGUGUAAGUUUUGUGUACAGUCCGAGGAUAUUGGAGAGGACAGUGUGUGCAGGUCUGAUAUGCAGCAAUGACCCAGAUACAGAACUUGUUGUAUGAUUCUUUGAUAAAGACACAACAUGUGGAGAGUACCGCCCUUAUCAAGUUAAAAGAAGGAGUAGCCUUCACCUCACCUCCACGAUUUCAGUUGCAGCCUCAACACAUCCAGGUGAUCAUUGACGCCUUCAAGAACACAGCAGCCCUAAGAAGAGAAGGGUUCAACUUCCGAGAGAAGAAUUACAAAUGUGUCCGUGCUGAUAAGAGUUCUAUCUAUGCUAAAUGUGAUGAUGAAGGCGUUGUCAUGGUAAAAACCAAAUCCAACAUCCUGCUUGCUGUGUAUCGGGAAGGAAUGUAUCCCAGCGUGUGUGUAGAAGCCACUGAAAAGCUAGGUUCUUAUUUCCGGGAGAAAGGAAUAUGAUCUUCACGCACUUUGGCAUGGAUGAAGAGAAGGAAACGUGCAUGUAAAGGAUGAACUGUAACAAUGGACCAUGAAUGGAGAUGAGAGAACAUAGUUUGUCUCCACUGAUGACUGGCUCUUUAAUGAUCUUGUGUACCACAAUUGUAAAUAAAAUAUAUAGACUUAUUUAACAACGAA